CGCACUCACUCCACACACACUAGCGAACCAUCACCGUGAAGCCACGAUCGAGCGCGCUCAUGGGGGCGGGGCAACGCGGUGAGAGAGGUGGUAUGUCGACGAGCAAGAGGUCGAGGCUGGCGGCGGCGGCGGACGCGGCGUCGUGGUGCCUCGCGCUGUCGGCGCUGGCGGCGCUGCUGCUCGUGUGCUCGCUCGGGGAGACGUCGGAGGCCGCGGUGGUGCUGCGGGGCGCGUCGCUGUCGGCGCGGUGGCGGCCGUGCGAGGAGAUCUACGUGGUGGCGGAGGGCGAGACGCUGCACGGCAUCAGCGACCGCUGCGGUGACCCCUACAUCCUGGAGCGCAACCCGCACGUCCACGACCCCGACGACGUCUUCCCCGGCCUCGUCCUCAGGAUCACGCCCUUCAGCCCCAGGCCGUCCGUCUUCGGUAGCCCCCCGUAGCUAAAUCAAGAAAGAAGAAGAAGAGUUCUGUUGAGCAUCAUUGUUAUUAUGGAAACAUAGAAUAGCGUAGGAUUUAUUCCACCUUGUCUUGUACUUCAAGAUGACCUUGUACACGUAUAUAUGUAUGCCCAUGGGGCUCAAGCAAAUAAAACGGA